UCUUCUCGCCGUCAUCUACCAAUAAAUAAGAGCAAACAGAAGUCUUAGAUUCUAAAAAUGUUGGGCUGUAUUUUCUACUCAGGCCGGUUUUUGGAGCAGAAUUCUUGCAUAUUUAUUUUUAACCGACGUCAUAGGGUCAGCAGAUGUGUAGGAUUGGACCACUUCAGCACGGUUCACGGUUCACAUGGGGUCAAACGUGAUCAAGCGUGUCCAGACGCUCUCAGAUCACAGAGCGGCGCUCAUCCUCUUAAAUACCGGAGAUCUCGGAGACGUGAGCUCAGUAGCUGGUACUGACCCAAGUGACAGGAUGGAGCUGCCGACCCACAGCAUCUGCAUUCUGAUGGUUAUAUGUUGUUCAUUGCGGUUCUCUUCGUGCUCUGAUGAAGGAGUUCUUCAUCCUCCUGACUGCAAUGUGACGCUGCAGUUCUCCUCGGAGAUCUUCUCCCUCUCCAGAGGGAAUGGUAACAUCCAUCAGAGGUCGAUGUCCCCUUGGAGAUGGAGGUCCACCACGGUGAGGCACCGGAUCCCCUCCACGCUGUGGGAGGCCGAGUGCGACAGCAUCUUCUGCUCCAACCCCACCUCAGGACAGCCCAAAGACUACAGCCUGAACUCUGUUCCGAUCUACCAGAACAUUCUGGUUCUGAACCACGUCAAAGGCAGCCACUGCUACACAGCCUCGUACCAUUUGGUGGCCGUUGGCUGCACCUGCGUCUGGGCCAGGUCCAACCAGACUUAGCAGAACCAGAACCAAAGCAUCUUUACAACAAACCUUUGACAACGCCGAGCAGAUGAGUAGCUUUUGAAGCUCGGUGUGAGUUUGUGUGACGCUUCCUGUUUUUUUAAAUUAAACAAUGGAAUUUACUCUCUAACCUUCAUAAAUAAUUUAUGACAAAGCCCAAAACCCAACAAUUUUUGUGUGAUAGCAGCUCGUUGACAUCUUAAUUAGUCCUCGGGACUUUGGCUGGUUGUGGAUUUUCUGUCAGGUUUAGGUAGAAAACCAGCAGACAUUGAUGCUAGCAUUGAAGUAUUACAAAGUUUAUUGUUUGAGGAAAAUGUUACUUAGAACACAGCACACAAAAUAAAAGAACAAAAUCCUCAUGUUUAUUACCUAAAUGUAAAAAAUGAGUAAAAAAAGUGUUUUAAAAAAAGUAGUUUAAAACCAGAAAUAACAAGUAUUAAACACAAGUCAAAACCCACAGGUAGUCAGCCCAAAAGAAAAAAAAUUUAAGAGGACAAAUAUCAGAUUGUAAGUUCAAAAGAUAAAUUAUAUCAGAUCAAUUUGUCACGUUGGAUGGAGUUUCUGUAUUUAAAUGAAAACAUAAAAACAGCAUCUCUGUGUAUUCUGAACUUGACUAAAAUCCUGAAGCCCCAGGUCACCUGAAUGAAGGAGGUAAACAUUUAGCAACUAUUCUCUAAACCAACUGCCCCCCCACCCAGAGUGAGAGGAUGCUGGAGCCUAUCCCAGGUCCCCCCUGACCAGGUCGGCAGUGUGUUUCAGGUCCAAACACUCACAUUCACACUUAUGGACCAUUAAAAGACUCACUUACUAAUCAUGUUUGUGGACUGGAGGUAAACCGGAGAAAAGCCACGCAUGCACAAGGAGAACUUACAAACUCCACACAGAAAGAAGCUGGCCGGGAUUUGAACCUUCUUCUGUGAGGCGAUAGCGCUACCCGCUACGCCGUGGUGCAUCUGGUUUGAUUAAAUUUGUAAAAUAAAUAUGAAAAUGCGGACAGAAUAUUUAACAGUUGUGAUAAAGGUUAAAUUUUUUUAAGAUUACUGGAGUGAAAAAAUGUUUUUUCAGAAAUGCUGUGAAAAUAUUCUGGACUAGGAAUUUACAAAUGUACUUUCAAAUUUCAAUAUUUAAAAAUUAUUUAUAGACCUCCAAUAGAAAUUGUGCUUUUAAAAUUUUGUAGCAUAGCUUUUGUAGCUUUUUUCAUGAUGGAGGACAAUUUUACAGCCAUGAUAAAUGUCUUGUAUC